AUGCCCCUAUCUAGGAAAAAGUCCUGCGUCCAGUGCCGCAGGGCAAAAACCCGCUGCACCCUCUCCCUCCCGCGCUGCUCCCGCUGCAUGGCAAAGAGCCUCCCGUGCGAAUACACCGGCGCCGCAGUUCCGCGCAUGGCCCCUUACUCCGUGCUGCCUAGGAAUGCUCACACGACUCACAAUGACACGCUGCCGCACGCCGGACAUGUGCGGGUCCUCGCCGCCGCCAGCCACGGAGGACAUGCCGCUCCUGCUGCUCCGGACUACGCCGUGCUCGAUCCUCUGGACAUGGUCUCGUCGUCUUCAUCAGCUAUGACAGGUUCAUCCUCUUCCUCCACCGGACAAAUGGCUGCUGCCCCCUUGCCCAGCCCUCACGCAGACUGGCCGCCGCCUCUCCACGUCAACCUCAACCCCAGCCAUGACACCACCACCCUCGACGCCGCCUCCGCAAUGGGCCUCAUCGAACCAUGCCACAACGUCUUCACCUUCCUCAACUCCAUCACCAUGGAUCCUCCCCCCUCCUCCGACUACCCUGACGACGAAGACACGCGUCUCCGGAACCCCGUCACCGGCUCCGGCACGCAGUCCGACUUCCUCCUCCACGACAAGGCCUCCCGCGUCCUGACCAGGCGCCGCGCCCUCACGGCCAGCAGCGUGCUCGCCACGCGCACCAUCCUCGGCCAGGUGUGCUCGUAUCCCGCCAUGAUGGUCAGCGGCCACGCGCUGCCGCCGUUUAUCCAUAGCCGGUGCAGUCUCGACGAUGGCCUGACGUAUGAUUGUGCGAGGGAGGGCAGGCAUGGGUGCUUGAGGAAGACGCUGAGUGUUUGUGCGUCGUUGCACGAAUCAUUUGACUCGGAAACAAUGCUCGAGUCUAUUCAAGCAUUGACGAUAUACAUGCUCCUACAAGCGCAAGACACAGAAACGCUGGUCAAGAACAACGUCAAGCUCCUCCUCAUCACCAUAGGCGUACGCACAACCCCCUCUCUCCUCAUGUUGCUCACCACCACCAACGCCCAAACACAGGAACUCGGCCCAAAGCUGCACACUAGACUCGAAUACAACACCCUCAUCGACACCAUCGAAAAUCCCCUCUGCCGCUCAACAUGGGUUCUCUAUGAAAGCGCACGAAGGUACACUGCACCACCAAUCCUCCCCACCCUGUACCCUACUCCUCAACCGCCAGAUUCGCAUCACUCACACGCAAAAAGAACCCUCUGCCUCCUCUACAUCAUCGAAAUGUUCCUCGAAAUCAACCUCCGCCCAAGACCAAUCUCAGCCCGCUGCUGCCAAUCCUUCGCCGCCACGCCCCUCCCCUGCAUCCGCGACCUCUGGGAAGUCCCCUCCACCUACGACUGGAGCAAGCGAUACUCUGCCUUUUUGCGCGGCCGCUCCGUCGCCAAGAUCCUCACCCUGAGGGACUACAAGAUGACGCAGCACUUGUCACCAGAGGAACUUCUUGACGGAGUAGCCGGGUUGAAUGGGGUUGCAGGAUCGGGAACAGGGCCAGGGUCAGGGGCCGGGUCGGUGACGAAGGAUGUCAUGAGGUGGUGUGAGGGCAUGGAUUCGUUUGGGACGCUGGUUACGCUGGCGGCGACGCUGCUCAGAUAUGAUGUUGCGCCGGCUGGCGUGGGCGGCAAUGGGCUUAGGAUUGCAUGA